UAUAAAUUCAAGGCCCAGUCCCUGCACCUCAAAAAUUUCAAAUCUCAUGCUUCCCUUCUGAAUAGCACACCACAUAAGCUAAGGUUUAGGAGGCAGUAGCCAUCUUCUUCCAGCCACGCUACCUAACCUAGCUAGCUCACUGUGACAGCAGACACCAGAUCACAUUCACCAUGGCCAGCACCAGUAGACUGCCUGCUCUUCCAGCAGGUUUCCGAUUCCACCCCACAGAUGAGGAGCUCAUCGUUCACUACCUCAUGAACCAGGCUGCCUCCAUACCAUGCCCUGUGCCCAUCGUCGCCGAGGUCAACAUCUACCAGUGCAACCCAUGGGAUCUUCCUGCCAAAGCUCUGUUCGGAGAGAAUGAGUGGUACUUCUUCAGCCCGAGGGACCGCAAGUACCCGAACGGCGCCCGGCCGAAUCGCGCCGCCGGAUCAGGCUACUGGAAGGCCACCGGCACUGACAAGGCCAUCCUGUCGACUCCGACGAGUGAGAACAUUGGAGUCAAGAAGGCCCUUGUGUUCUACAGGGGUAAGCCUCCCAAGGGUGCCAAGACAGAUUGGAUCAUGCACGAGUACCGCCUCACAGGAGCUAACAAGACCACAAAGCGCAGCAGAGGAUCCUCCAUGAGGUUGGAUGACUGGGUGCUGUGCAGAAUCUACAAGAAGAGCAACAACGUUCAGUUCUCUGAUCAGGAGCAGGCGGGCUCAACUGUGGAGGGAGACUACUCCCUAAACAACAGCAUGAAUUCUGCUGUUGCAUCCUCGCCAAAAUCUGAAGCUGUUGCCGACGAUCAGUUCCAUCCGACGACCAUGAGCAUGAGCAAGUCAUGUUCGCUCACCGAUCUCCUCGACACCAUCGACUACUCGGUGCUCUCGCAGCUGCUCCUCGACGGCUCAUCUACUGAUGCCCCAGCUGAGGCUGAGCCACUGCAAAGCCCACUAAUCUAUCCAACAGGAAUACUCGCAUGCCAAGAGCUUAACUACAACAACUACGUGAAUAAUAGACUCAUCAGUAUGACACCACAAGUAGAUGCAUCUUCAUAUUAUAGUACCAACUAUAACGGCAUGAAAAGGAAGAGAAUAAUGACGAUGAAUGGUGCUGGCUCCUUCGAUGAUGGCGGCAAUUUCGUGAAAAAAUUGCAACUGCCAAGUGUUUCAAGGAAUGGCAAUAUUGGCAGCGCAAGCAGCUACCGCACCCAGCAGCUUGUAGGCACCAGUAGCUUUCAGCACAGAAGCCUGCUGAGCCAUCCGUUUCUGAACCAGCAGCAGCUGCUACUGAACAACCACCUCGAGCUGCAGUAGCAAGCCUGUGAAUUGAUGCAACUAAAACUUCGUUGGACAAACAGAUCAGCUGCGGAGUUUUAUCUCUACAGGGGUUUGAACUUCCUGUAUAGACUCACGACAGGUAGACAGGCAGACUGAAGGAGUCUUGUUCUUGCAGGGAACAAAUAAUCGGAAUUUCCCAUAUGGGAUUUAGAAGUUGUUCGUUUUCAUUAUUUUCAUGUAAAAGCAAGAUUGUAAAUUAGGGGUGUACUGCAAACCAUCAUCUUGAGAUCAAUGAAUGUUGACCACGUUUCUUGUUGGUAUC